AUGGUCGCAAGUCUCCUCCUACCACUCCUCUGCGCGAGUGGAGCAGCAGCCCAGUAUGUUCCGCUACCAUGGUCUUACCCCAUGAACCAGACGGCAGUUCAGGUCACCAUCAACGGAAAUGUGAGAUAUCAGAAAAUGACGGGAGGUGGAUGCUCGGGAGCCUUUGGCGUCGCGUGCGACCAGACGGGACAAAGGGGACUCUCAGCAGCAAAUCAGCAGCUCGUCAGCGACUACCUUUUCGAUGAGAACUUGGGAGGUCUAUCAGUUCUUCGCAACCGUGUUGGCUCCAGGCCUUCAGAAGGCGUUCUAAGCAGCUGUCCAGAGACACCUUCGUCAACCUUCAACUACACCGGUCUAGGGGCAAACGACUCAACUGCCGAUAGCUGCCAGUUGAAACUGACACAGCAAGCCCUUAUCUCCAACCCCAACCUCUUCAUCUACGCAGACGCAUGGUCCGCUCCAGGAUGCUUCAAAACAGACCUUACAGAUAUAAACGGCGGCUUCAUCUGCGGCGUCCGCGGUACCAACUGUACAUACGACUGGCGUCAAGCCUACGCUGACUACUUGAUCGAAUACGUUGACGAGUACAAGAAAAAAGGUAUCAACGUCAACAUGAUCGGCGCCUACAACGAACCCGACUUCAACCCCGUACAAUACGCCAGCAUGAAUUCCGACGGCUACCAAGCCGCUGAUUUCCUUAAAAUUUUGUACCCGACCGUCAAGAAGUACCGUGAGGACUUACAAGUCGCUUGUUGCGAUGCGACGGGUGCAAGGCAAGCACGUACCCUCUACUCUGAGCUAGAGCAAACAGGUGCGGGAAAUAUGUAUGAUGUAGCUACCUGGCAUAACUACCAGAGCAUGCCCGAAAGACAGUUUAACACACAAGGUCAACCGAACGUUCAAACGGAGUGGUCGGAUGGACAGGGUACCUUCAACACGACGUGGGAUACCACUGGUCAGUUGGCUGAAGGCUUUCAAUGGGCCAUUUACAUGCACGAAGCUUUCGUCUACAGCUCGACAUCCGGAUACCUUCACUGGUGGUGUUCCCAAGACACCGUCGGCAACACCACGGGCUCCGACGCUAUCCUCAUUCGUCUCCGCGGAAACACCUUUGAAGUAUCGCGUCGCCUGUGGGCGUUUGCCGGUUUCUUCCGUUUUGCGCGGCCGGGCUCCGUGCGCAUCGAUGCUACUAGUCCCGUGGAGGACCUCAAGGUAACAGCGUUUAAGAAUACGAAUGACACGGUUGCUAUUCCUGUGAUUAACGAGGCGCAUUUCGAGCGGAUGGUGCAGAUUAACCUCCAGGGUGUCAAGAUGGAGAAGGGGGUUGCGACUGCGUAUUUGGCGGAUAAUGAACAUAAUAAUACGAUGGUGGGGAGUUAUCAAGUUGGUGGUUCGGGGUUUUUGGUGAAGGUGCCACCGAGGAGUUUGACUACUUUGUUUCUGGAGUAG